CAUGGGUUGUCAUACCUAAACAUACACUUUUAUCCACAGAGGACACAUCUGGACUGUAAACUGUCCAAGAUGGAUGCAGCGCCGCUUAACUGAGGGAUGCAAAGCGGAGUGGCAGCAGGGUGUCUUUAAAUGUCCGCCACCCCCGCGGUUUGGUCAUGUACAUUCCUUUCCAUCGUUGGGUUUUAUUUUUGUUUUUCGCCUCUGUAGGAAUAGGAUGUUACUAGCAUCUGCCGUGGUGGUAUGGGAAUGGCUGAACGAGCACGGACGCUGGCGGCCAUACAGCCCGGCUGUCUGUCAUCACAUAGAGGCAGUCAUCCGGAGCGACCCGCGCUGUGGUAGUGUCGUCCUCGGCCAGGUGGACUCUCGCCUCUCACCCUACAUCAUUGAUUUGCAUUCCAUGCACCAAUUCCGACAAGACACAGGUACCCUUCGACCUGUCCGACGUAGCUUCUACGAUCCAGCUUCAGCGCCGGGCCAGGGCUGGUUGUGGGAGUGGGAGAACGACACUGGCAGUUGGACCGCAUACGACACAGAGGUGGGCAUCGCCAUCCAGGCAGCUCGGGAUCGUCAGCAGCCCUGGCUGGACCUGGCGCCGCUGGGUUUUUGCUACCUCAUUGACUUUGAAAACAUGACCCAAAUCAACGGGCAGACCCAGCGUUGCAGACGUAUACAGCGACGCUCUGACUUGGCUUACCCACUGGUGUCCGGGCCUUUACCCAAAUCCCACCACGCCUGGGGCCCCGCAUCCAUACCUGGACAUGGAGGACUUCUAGGUGUUGAUGUGUCAGGUGUAGGCAUGGGGCUCAGGAUGAGCAACAGUGGGACUGGAAAUGGAAGCGCAUACCCCAGUGGGGCGCUACCUGCUUCCGCCAUCACCUCUUUGGGACAGCCCUGUGCGUGUCAGCAGUGCAUGUUGGCGCUAAGCAUCAAAGCAGGCACCAUGGCGAGUGCUCACACUUUGGGUCGAAGACCACCACAGACCAAGCCACCCAGUCCCAAACUAAGCAGUUACCCUGUUCCAGGAGGUUCCUACUCACUAACCCUCCCACGGCCUCCUUCUCUGUCAAGAUCCCUCUCCCCUCAUCGAACAUCUAUAAUUGGGGCUACUGGUGGAUUCAGUGUAGCUGGUGUGGGAGGCGCAGGAGGCAUGGGUAUUGUUGGUCCAGGUGGGCUUGGGAACACCAGCCUCAGUUUUGGAGGAGGCUUCACCCACUCACUUUCCCUUCUUGGUUCAGCCACUGCCGCUCUCUCCAUCUCUUCCUCACGUCCCCCACCUCCUCCUCUCCCACCUCCUCCGCCCCCUCCUCCACCCUCCACAGCUCCCUCAUCCGCUGCAACCUCCCCCCCUCACCCCUCCACUUCCUCCUCUCUCUCCAUUUCCUGUUGUGCCCCAUCAGCGACCACCCCAGCCCCACCUCUGAUCUCCACAGCUGCCUCCACGUGUACACCAUCGCCUUCUGCUCGUGUUCUGGGUCCAGUGUCUUCAUCUGGUGCAGCUGCCUGCGCGGCCCCUUUGCCACCCCGGUCUAGCUUGGCAGGCCUGAGCCGUCCUGCACUGCAGCGUAUUGCCAUGGCCCAGUCACGAGCACUCAUCGCGUCUGGAGUGCCGACUGUUCCGGUGAAGAACUUGAAUGGAUCCAGCCCUGUGCAUCCUGCUCUGGCAGGUAUUACAGGGAUCCUGAUGAGUGCAGCAGGACUUCCGGUCUGCCUGACCCGCCCUCCCAAGCUGGUGCUUCAUCCUCCACCUGUCAGCAAGAGCGACAUCAAACCUGUGCCAGGCCUGGGCCACUGCUGUCGCAAGACCACAAAGAAACAGGCCCGGAAAGGUAAAACACCUGAGGAGGUGGUGAAGCGAUACCUUCAGAAAGUCCGUAAUCCUCCAGAGGAGGACUGCACUAUCUGCAUGGAGGCCCUGGCGGGACCGUCAGGUUACAAAGGUCCUGGCGUAGGUGGCAUUUCCCGAGCUGAGUCAGUGGGCCGCCUAGCGCAAUGCGGUCAUCAGUACCACCUCCAAUGCCUUGUUGCUAUGUACAACAAUGGCAACAAGGACGGCAGCCUCCAGUGCCCCACCUGCAAGACCAUCUAUGGGGUCAAGACAGGCAAUCAGCCUCCCGGCAAGAUGGAGUACCACGUCAUCCCUCACUCACUGCCUGGACAUCCUGACUGCAAAACUAUCCGGAUCAUAUACAACAUCCCUCCUGGCAUACAGGGACCUGAGCACCCAAAUCCAGGCAAACCCUUCACUGCACGUGGGUUCCCCAGACACUGCUACCUCCCUGACAGUGAAAAGGGGCGCAAGGUUCUAAGGCUUCUUCUGGUAGCAUGGGACCGCAGGCUCAUCUUCUCUGUUGGUACGUCCAGCACCACCGGUGAGUCUGACACAGUGAUCUGGAACGAGGUGCACCACAAGACUGAGUUUGGCUCCAACCUCACGGGCCACGGCUACCCAGACCCCGGCCAUUUGGAUAAUGUUCUGGAGGAGCUGAGGGCUCAGGGCAUCACAGAAGAGGAGUGUCUACCCAGAGACUGAGCAGAGACAUUUAAGGCACAGAAGACACAAGAAACCGAGCUGCCGUCUGCAGGCACACAAAAUACAGUUUUUUUUCUGACAAAGUGAACAGACCCAAUGUGACUAUCAAGAAAAACUGUUCAGAGAAACUUUGCAGAAAUAGUUUCAGCUUCUUAUGGCUGCAUGAGUCAGUUUUGUCCGUCUUAAUGCAGUGACAGCGUCGAGGUUGAGGUGCGACGUUUGAGGCCACCGUGCUCGUGCGAGUCAGUAUUAGUUUUAAAAAAAAUAUUAAAAAACAUCUUUCAUUUAUACUGUGAGACUUCAUAUCAAGAAUGUAACUAAGUGAUUUUUUUCCAGGGAUUAUGAUGUGUUUACCACUGCUGCUGCUAUGUGGGAUUGAGGGGAAGUUAAGAAUGAAGAGAAGGUGCUUUUUUUUUAUUUAUUUAUAUUUUUUAAGUGUUAGUCCACAAGCAGAAGCAUCUUUUCACUGCAGAUUAAUCUUUGAAGUGUUUAACCAGAUACCCAAGCAUGGAUAUUUGCUGCCCUCUAGUGGUAUUUUUCCAGAACUACAUUCCUUUAUAGGUUUUAUCUUUAAAUUGUAUUCUUGUAUGUUAUGAAUACCUGGUAUAUGAUAGCUUCCAUUGAUUCAUCAUUUUAUAUUUUUAACUUCAAAUUUUGUUUUACAUUUUGCAUUUCAUUGCAUUGUUUUGGGGUGUGGCUCACUGACUGAAACAGCCAGUUUAGAUAAGCUGCUGCUGUAUAAAAGUUUGUCACUUUAAAUGCCAGCCCCUUUUUUUAGACGCAAACAUUAUCAGUAUUUUGUAUUUGAUAAGCUCACAAACUGACAUUCCUUAAUCGUUUGACCCUCAGAGCAUUGGGGCAUAUAGAAAGCUUUCUAUCUCCUCUUGUAUGAAACGUUAAAGACUGAUGGAGAAAAAAACUACUAUGGAUUACAACCGCCCUAUCCAGGAGGAGUAAAUUCCCCAAAAAGCUAGGAUUGGACCCCCUGCCUGAGCGCAGAUUUGCACAGCGCUUUCUGCUUAGUAUCAGAAAGAAACAGCUUGUAUCUACUGUAUUUUUGUGUAGGACACACCAGCCUCUAAUUACACAACAGAAUGUGGUUAUCUUUUGUUUAGUCAUGUUUUAACCAUGAACAGGAGCAAAAGACUGCUGUACUAGAUUACUGGAUCCAGCUGUGACCAAAGUGGUCCAGUCAGAUUGCAUUUAGUCCACUGUGGACUGGUUUAUUAUGAGGUUUGUUGGAGGCGAUACACAACAGUAUGUGUGGACAUGCUAGUGUAGGCUAACAUUAACAGCAUUUACACUUUAUGUACUUUAUGUAUGCAAUGUGUAUGUUUGUGUUUUAUGUGCACAAAUUUGCAUUAAAUGUUUUUUUCUAAGGUUCAAAGAGAAAA